AUGCAGAAUCCACUUGUACGCCUAGGGUUCGAAGGCGCAAAGCCCCAAACACAAAAUGCUGGAAAAAGAGAUUGUUACAGAGAAGCAGCUCUCGAGCUAGGGCAUCAACUGGUGGAGAAAAGUUUGGAUCUUGUUUACGGUGGAGGAAGUAUUGGUCUGAUGGGCCUCGUCGCUAAAGCUGUUCAUGCCGGCGGCGGACAUGUUCUUGGGAUCAUACCGAAACCUUUGGUUGGCAAAGAGGUGAACUUUCUGGAGUUAUUUUUGUGA